CCCUCUGCGGAGCGGUCCGGACCUCAUCAGCGGCCGGAGCCAUAGCAGAGAUGAGGACACACUUCCAAGCUAGCAGUGACUAAGACGACCCAUACAGCCAGAUGUGCCUCUAAACCCCGCGCGACGGGAGCGCCGAGUAGCCCAGAACAUGGACUUCGCCCGCCUCUGGCUAGGGCUGCUGCUGCCUUUGGUAGCUGCGCUGGAUUUCAGCUACCACCACCAGGAAGAGAUGGAAGCGUUUUUGAAGAGUGUUGCCCAAAACUACAGUUCUAUCACUCACUUACACAGUAUUGGGAAAUCUGUGAAAGGCAGAAACCUGUGGGUUCUUGUUGUGGGGCGGUCACCAAAGGAACACAGAAUUGGGAUUCCAGAGUUCAAAUAUGUGGCAAAUAUGCAUGGAGAUGAGACCGUAGGGCGAGAACUGUUGCUCCAUUUAAUUGACUAUCUCGUAACCAGCGAUGGAAAAGACCUUGAAAUCACAAAUUUAAUCAAUAGCACCCGGAUACACAUCAUGCCUUCAAUGAACCCAGAUGGAUUUGAAAAUGUCAAAAAGCCUGACUGUUUUUACAGUAACGGAAGGGAAAAUGAUAACUUCUAUGACCUGAACAGAAAUUUCCCCGAUGCGUUUGAGUUUAAUAAUGAAACAAGGCAGCCUGAAACUGUGGCAGUCAUGGAGUGGCUGAAAACGGAGACAUUUGUUCUCUCUGCAAACCUCCACGGCGGUGCCCUGGUGGCCAGUUACCCAUUCGAUAACGGCAUUCCAGCAACUGGGACAUUACACUACCGGAGCUUAACCCCCGAUGAUGAUGUUUUUCAAUAUCUUGCAAAUACCUACGCUUCGAGAAAUCCCAACAUGAAAGGAGAUCAGUGUAAAAGUAAAAUGAACUUUCCCAAUGGAAUUACGAAUGGAUACUCUUGGUAUCCGCUCAAAGGUGGGAUGCAAGAUUACAACUACGUCUGGGCCCAGUGUUUUGAAAUCACGUUGGAGCUGUCGUGCUGUAAAUAUCCUCGCGAGGAGAAGCUUCCAUCCUUCUGGAAUCAUAAUAAAGCCUCGUUGAUUGAAUAUAUGAAACAGGUGCACCUAGGUGUAAAGGGUCAAGUGUUGGAUCAGAAUGGAAAUCCAUUACCCAAUGUAAUUGUAGAAGUUCAAGAUAGAAAACAUAUCUGCCCCUAUAAAACCAACAAAUUUGGAGAGUAUUAUCUCCUGCUCUUACCUGGGUCCUAUAUAUUAAAUGUUACAUUUCCUGGACACAAUCCAUACCUCAUGAAGGUGAUUAUUCCAAAAAAAUCCCAGGACUUCAGUGCUUUUAAAAAGGAUAUUGUACUUUCAUUCAGAGGGCAACUGGAUUCCAUCCCAGUAUCAAAUCCUCCAUGUCCUCUGAUUCCUCUAUACAGAAAUUUGCCAAGCCACUCAGCUGCAACAAAGCCUAGUGUGUUCUUAUUUUUAGUGACUCUUUUUCACAUAUUGUUCAAAUAAAGCAAAAUGUGAAACUCAACUCCCAUCACCACCUGGAAUCAGGGAUUUCUCAUGCCAGGUUAUUGCAAAUCUGACUUCCUCUGUGGGACAACUGGACAAACUCCACUGGUCCUUCUCCAAGAAGAUAAGUGGUUAUUUCCAAAUCCUGCAACAAGCAAUGUGUGGUGAUAACGAAAGGAAUGAUUUAGUCUUGAUGAUGAAUGGAAGACACCUACCUUUCAAGUAUUGCCCAUUUAUAAUUUUAAAGUAGUCUUAGAAAUUUUUAAGAAGUUAAAACUUGAGAAGCAAAAAAAGAAGUUCCUGCAAGAAAAAAAAGGCUAAUUUUGUAUACAGAGAGCCAGAUGAAUAUAAGCAAUGAAGAUGAACAUUUAUUGAUCACCUGUUAUAUACAAGACCUUGCUGUAAGUGCUAUAUGUGAAGAGAUAGUGCCAUAUAUAAUUAGUUCUCAGGGCAGGGGGAAAUGACAGGACUGGAAAUAUUUAGUUUUGCAAAUAUUCUUAGGAAAUAUGAGAGAAUACAGGAAAAUAUGGACCUAAUAGGAUGACAAGGUGGUGCCUGAGUUCCAAAACAGGUCAAUUAAGUGUCCUUGCCCUUCUGUACCCAGAUGCCACAAUCCUCUUAUGCUGAUAACCCCCAAGUGUGUAAUUCUAGCCUCUUGCCUGAGCUUCAGACUACAUCCAACUGCCCACUGGACACAUCCACCUGGAUGUGACCCACAGGUGCCUCAGACUUAUGUUGAAAAUUGAACAUACUUUUCUCUCUAGAGCGGCUCUAUUUUCUGUCUCAAUUACUGGUACUACCACACUAGAAACCUGGGAGUCAUCCUGGAUACUUCCUCCUCCUCAUCCCAUAUAUUCAGUCACUAAAGACUGAUGUUAAUUAUAAAUGUUGGUUGACCCUACUCUCCCUCCGUGCCUACUAACACUGCCACGUUUCAGCCAUCAUAGCUCACCUGCACCACUGCAACAGCUUUACUAGGUCUCUUCCUCCCAGCCUUCUCCUCUUCAGAUCCAUCCUUCACACAGUACUAGGCAAGGGGAUCUGUUUAAAACACAAUUCAACAAUCGUUUGUAGUUCCUAUUCAUGUAAUGUCCUGGUGUGUCCGUGUCUGAAAUGCCAUUCUGAUCCACUACAUUUUCUUUCCCCCUCCUUUAAAACUCAUUUCAGGUAUGAACGCUAGGAAGCCUUUGCUGACCAUCAGGCCAUUCCUUUCCAUUUCAUCCCCUUCUAGUCAAUCUGGGUGCUGUUACUCUUUGUUCCCCCAAACAAGUUGACUCUAUUACUGGAUUUACAACACUGUUAUGAUUUUCUAUUUCCAUAUGUGAAUUUUCUCUAGCAGAGUGGGACGUCUGAGGCCAGAGGCUAAUUUGUUUGGAAAAAAUUUUUUUUUUUAAUCCUCAGAGCCUAGAACAUAUUAGGAAAUGAACAAAGGAUUCCAGCAAUCUCCUACUCCUAAUCUCUCCCAGAAACUGUAGGGCUUUGAGUCAUUUUAUAAAACUAGGUCCCAUGCUCUGACAAUUUCUGACUCACUAGUAACACUGACAGAAGAGUGUUUUCAUAUAUGUAUCAAGAAAUAAAUUCAAAUAGGGUGCUUUUACUAGACUUUGCAUUUUUCCUAAGGUUUGUAGUAAAGGUAUUAUGUUACCUAUUAAUAACACUAUAGCUACCUUUUAUCAGAAAACAUUUUUUAUCAUCAGUACACAAUAUGAAGCAAUUGUUCACUAUAAUGAGUUAACCUAACUUAAAACAUUAUAUGUAAGAAUAGGGGGAGGGAAGUAUCAAACAGAAAAAAAGAGCAACCCUGGUAAGCUGAUCCCUGGUAAACUGACCUAAGUCCUGUGUAUUGCUCAUGGAAAGUGAGUGUCCCUGGCUGUUUUAAAUGGAAAGUUCUGAAGGAUCUGGAAAUGAAACAAUCCAAAUGAAUGGGAGAUACAUGGGCAUUUAGGAGCUAUUCCUGUGGCAAACUUAUUCUACAUGCACAAAAUCAUAAAUGUUUAAUAUGAACAGAAUUUGUAGUCUUCUUUGAAUCAGUUCUUUUAAAUCUGGCAAUAACCUAAAUAUCUUGAUCAUUUUUAUUUAAAUAAAAGUAAUUUAAUAUAUACUUGAAAGUAUAUAUAAUGCAGAAAAUGGUUUUGUAUAUUAUGAAUAAAAGUAUAUAAAAUUCAGCUUGAUUUACCAUCAAGCCCUAAACAAUUUUCCAAGUAGGCAUUCUGAGUUCUAAUUUUUCCUUUUCUAAGAUAAUUUUUGAAAGGACACAAACCAAAAUCUGAAUUGGUUCAUGAGCCUUAAUGUAAUUUCUUAAAUGUUUUUAAAAUCAGGUAUUUCAUCAGAAUCAAACAUAAUCAUUUAGAGACAAGCAAAACAAUUACAGUAAUCUCCAAACCAAAUCUAAACCAAACCUGAAUUUAAUUUGGGGUACGUAUUUUGCAGCGAUGGCUCUGUGCUCAAAAGUAAAUUUUGCAACAAGGAUUUAGUACGGUAGUAUUCCAGCUACAUCCUUCACUAAUCAAGUAAAGUGUCCAAGAGGAACAACUAUGGAAUUCUGAUUAUAGUCAGACCAGAUUCCCACAUCACCCUGCAUGACACCUUGCCUACUGUUCCCUACCCUCAUAUGCUCCUCAGGUUCUAAGUUCAGGUAUAACUCCUUUUAUAGAGAAACCAACAUGGUAAAGGUUUUCAAAACAGAAGAUUGCACAUGGGAGUAAAAUGAUGAAAGACAGGAGCUCUGGUUUCAAACUCACCCUAUGUUCAAUUUCCUUACCUGUAAAAUGAAGGCCUCUGCUUGACUCAGAUUCUCUGUCAGAAACAGUGAUAUGUCAUACUUUGGUGCCAUUUUUUGUGCUUGCUCAGGUCGAGGAAGGAUAAUUAACACUCAGGUGGUAAAUAUUUUGAAGGCAAUAUAUCUUAUUAAGGACCAAAUCUUUUGCCUCAGAUACAAACAGAAUUGGUCUGAAAACUGAAACAUUGCUUAGUUAGAAUGAUCAUUUAAUAUUUAAGGAAACUUUUAUGAAGUAACAGCUUUUCCUGAUGUACCUACUCAAAUUAUGAAAAAUGUUGAAUGAAUCUAACUGGUGGGAGUAUUUUAGAGAUGAGUACCUGCAGAUGAGUGUCAGUGUUGAUUUUGGUGCUUAAUUUAUCACAGACUUGAGCUGUUGGAUAUAUCAGAAAUGUUAAAAGCCUCUACUCAACAUUUCUGAAAGUCUUAAGAAAUCGUUUGGUUCCAGAAGCAAAUAUGAAAUUUAUUCUACCUUUAAAAAGCAAAAAUAUGACACUUGAUUGGAAAUGUCUUUUUCUAGGAAAUCCAGAAAAAUGAGCAUAGUAUAUUUCUCAUUGCAACAGGAUAAGCUGCUUAUUAAGAAGGUUGAUUCUUAUUGGUGAAAAUAAAGUUGAUCUCUAUUUUAUGACAGACCCCUUAUAUCUUCCUUUUGAGUUUAUAUGGUUAAAGAGAAAAAAGUUAAUAACACCUAACAUAGAAGUUUGGAGAAAGUCUAACUUUGUUAUAGACUUUAACGAAGUCACUAAUAAGCAGGUAUUGUACUGUAUUGCUUACAAGCUGUUUUAUCAUACUUUAGCAUGCAAACUACCCCACAGCCAUUUAUACAUGUUUCACAAAUGAUUUUACAAGUUUUCUUUCUAAGAACUUAAAAUGCACGAAUUGUCUAAGACUGUAAAGUUUUAUUGGGUAUUGGCCAUGACUACCUCUGAAUUGAGUAAAUCUAGAAUGUUUAUUCUCAAUAAAUUAAUAUUCAUGUAAA